AUGGCAACAACAUUUGACUCUUUAGCAGCAGAUUUCGGCGAAGACGACAACGUUUGGGAAGAUAUCCCGGAGCUUAAGCUGGUAUCAAAGCGCCUUCUUCUGGAACAUCUAAAAGAUUGUCCAGCUAAAGCCCCCAUCUCGAAAGCCUUACUUAUUAGCCCGAACUUCCCCAAACAUCAGGCACAAAGAAUCCUAGUAAUUUUCGUGAACUCUGUAAUUGCAGACGACCUUGAUGCAUAUAAAAAGCUUCGACAAGUAGCGCACAGACAACUUAAAGUUCCUGGUAACGGUAAAUGGAGUCAAAGUUUUUUCGACUCUCUAAACAUACAUUUUCCUGGCCCAACGCCUAUAACACCUAUCUCACCGACUCUUAAAAGAGGAACCAUGUUCAGCGAGGAUGAAGACAUAGCGCCUGAAAGAAAACGAGGGAGCGGAGAGCCUAUUGGACGAGCAGCACCUGAUGACGGCGCCGAACCUACCGUAGGCGUAGGAGCUGGCACGCCACAAUCUCAAACCCCUGGCGGAGGAUCUAGCACACAUUCCAACCCCGCUGGAACAUCUACAAGCGCAGGAGCUGGCAGCGGAGAAGCUGGCAGUGCACCACCUCAAAGCCCUGCCGAAGGAUCUGGCGCACAAUCCAACCCCGCUGGAGCAUCUACAAGCACAGGCGAAGGAGCCCAACCAGACGAACCCCCCAACUCCGGUAAAAGACAUCGUGAACAUGAGAAUGCCAAGCCACCUGAUGAUAAUUUAGGGCUGGAGUUUGCCGAAUACCAUGAGAACUUUUACCAGAAGUACUACAACCCUGAGAUGAAACAUUUUCUCUAUGGCAAGGAUUCCAUAAAAGACGUAGAAUCGCAGAUUGAAUACGUGAAUGGGAGAUUGGAAAGAUGGAAUCUUGCCCACGGCCGCGCUGGACGCCUGGGGAGCUUACCACUCAAGGCUUUCGAUUACCUUCAGCGUAUAUCAAUCACCUUAAGCCGCGAUCUCAGUCUCUUCAACGACACAACAGUUAAAAAAGACAUUAAAAGCAUUAAGAAGUUGAUGGUUAAGCUGAAAGAAGCUCAAUGGAAUGGUAUAGGUGACCAGAGCAAGUUCUUUUCCUAUUUGAAACCGUACAAUCUGGAAGAAUCGAUUCUCCACCCGGACCGCUACACCGGUUUUGUUCAGGCGUUUGCGCGUGAGCGUCAGAAUGCACCAGACAUGAUGCAUGAUUCAAGCAUCCCAGAUCCGCCUAUCCAGCAGAGUCAAGAGAAAGGAAAGGGGAAAGAAAAAGAGAGUCAAGAGAAAGGAAAGGGGAAAGAAAAAGAGAGUCAAGAGAAAGGAAAGGGGAAAGAGAAAGAGAGUCAAGGGAAAGGAAAAGGAAAAGAGAAAGAAAGUCAAGGGAAAAGCAAGGGAAAAGAGAAAGAGAGGAAAGAGGAAGAAAGGAAAGAGAGGAAAGAGAAAGAGAGAAAAGAGGAAGAGAGGAAAGAGAAAGAGAGAAAAGAGGAAGCUGAUGAAGCGCAUUUCUACGACGCUGAUCCCUAUGUCGUCAUCGGCGUCCCUCACACAACAAGUCUCAGUAAAGUCAAGUCGGUAGCCAAUAGGUUACUACUCAAGUAUCACGGUGACAAAACUUACUAUGAGACUGCGGAACGCAGAGACAAGAUGUCGGAUAUCGCUAGGCGCAUCAUACAGGCCAAGGCCGAUAUCGAGAAGGGUAACUAUCGACCUAAGGCCCGUAGCGAUCGUACAGGCAACCAAGGCACCGCGCAACCUCCAAACCCUGCCGAAGGAUCUGGCACCGCGCGAACUCCAAACUCUGCCGAAGGAACUGGUGCCGACGGCGAUGGCUCUGCGCCCUCAAGCGAUGACUCUAGCGACGGUCAUAGCGAGAUGGAUAUAGACACUGACGACGAAAACGAAUCAGACUAUGACGACGAAAACGAAUCAGACUCUAACGACGAAAACGAAUCAGACUCUAACGACGAAAACGAAUCAGACUCUGACGACGGAGACCAAUUAAGCUCUGACGACGAACAACAAUACCAAGAUAGUGACUCUAACGAGUAUCACGAUGUGUCUUCAGAGUCAUCUGGGUCGAGCGCUGGCUCAGAAGAUGAAGAUGCUGGCUUCCAUAGGCCGGCGGCUGCGAAAAAUCCGGGCCGAGUGGUUUUUGAAGGAGAGAAAUGGAAGAUCAAGGCUUGGCAGAAAGCCGGUGGAGUGUUUGCCCAAGGCUACAGACUUCUUCUUCAGCAUCCAACGGUAAUAGUGAGACCAAAUGGCGGCCAAUAUUUGAGAUUCAUGUUCAUAGCGUCUUCAAAAGCCGGAAAAGGGACGUGGUCAGUACGGGAUUAUCCAGAAUUGGUCAUGGGAACCAAACGUGACCUGAGAGGCGUCAGUUGGCAGAAUGAUGUCAGCGUGGGUGGUGUGGCAUCUGUGCAUAGAAAUACUGGGUACAAGACUGGAGGUUCACCAUAUGUGAAUGAGCCGAUAACAGCAGCCCGACUCAGUUUAGGUAAUGGCCGCGUGUCAUGGUUUACCCGCAGUCUUUUAGGCACCGAAUUCGGAAAGGAGCAAGUGGACCUGGAGCUCAAAAGAUACAGAGGAAAGGCUCACCAGCCGGAUCCACCGGGGAGGCCUCCCUUUUCUCGCGCAGAGGCCGCAAGGAAGGCACACGAGUAUGAUCAGCAACAACGAACGAGGAAUGAAAAUGAUGAAGCAUCUACGGAUGAAGAAGAGCCAAGUCCUCGAAGGAAAAAAUCAACUCCACGAAAGAAAAAAUGGACUCCAAGACGAUCUGAACGCUUUCCAGAUGAUGCAGCGGACUUUAGCGCCGAGGAAGAGUUGCGGAGCGACGGCGCGCGGGAUCGCACAUCAAGUGCAAGAUCGCACCAGGGGCGCCCUAGCUCGUCGCAUCGACGGUCGACUCCACGAUCCAAUCAAUAUGAAGAUAGUCGGGAACGUGGUUCGCCGCGGCGCCCUCGCGCAUCUCCCAAAUCAGCUCGCUUUGGAAAUUCUAGCGACGAUGAUCGCAGGUCAAAGUCCAGGCGGUCGAACGAACGUUCCGGCACAGGUUCGUCGCGGCGCCCUAGCGCAUCAUAUCGAUCAACUCCCCAGUAUGACGAGUCGAGCGAUGAGGACCGCAGAUCAAAGUCGAGACGGCCCGAAGAGCGUUCCGGCACAGGAUCGUCCAGAAAUGAUCGCGCAUCUGGCUCAGCACCGCGCCAGCAACAUGCAUCGAGCUCAUCUAAGCGACAAGAACGUACGAAUUAG